AUGGCCCAGGAAAAGUUGGUCAAUAUCUCCGACAUCUCCAGGUCAAUGCUCAAGUACCCCUGGCUGGAAUACCCAGACAGGAUCAAAGAACUCAAAAAAGCCAUGGCACCUGUUCACCUGCCCUUGUCCUGCUUCCAGAUGCCCAGGGAGGAGUACCCCCCGAGCCCAGAGCGCUGGAGGCUGCACCAGAGCCAUUCAAAGACGGUGCCUUACGGCUACUCCGAGCAACCCGAACUCUACACGUACUGGCAAACCCUGUAUGAGCAUCGGCGGGAGCGGAAGGCCCAGAAGAUGUUGCAGAAAAUGAGGGCCCACCCCAGGAACCUCAAAGAGGGCACAGCUGCCCAAAAAGCCUUCCUCCCCAUGACGCAGCUGACUGUGAAACCUCAGAAGGGGCCCAAGUCUUUACUCCCUGCUGGGGACUCCCUGAAGCGGCAAAGAUUAAAGGAGCUCACGCAGAGCCUGAAAGCCCCCAGAGAGGACGAGCAGUUCUACGCGGCACAGGCUCUGGGGUGCCUGGGCGUCGGUGACAAGUUUGUCAUAGAGGCGCUGCUCCAGGUGGCCCGAACCGGUCCGGAGAGGGUGGUGCGGGAGGCCUACAGAACCCUGGCCAUGCUGGGUUGCCUGGAGAAGGAGGUGAUCCAGGCUCUCAUCGCGCAGCUGGAGGGGCAGAGCGAGGAGCUGAGGAUGGAUACUCUGAGGGGACUCCGGAUAGCGCUCAGCUCCUGGGCCGCUGUCCCCAAAGACAAGAGGUCUCAAGUCGGGGACGAAGCGGCGCUCCUGUCCGUGCUGCAGAAGCUGAUGCAGGCGCCGCCGCCGGCCGAAGCAGCCUUGGAGGCGGCCCUGUGCUUGGGCUUCCUGAGGCCCGGCAGCGGCGCGGUCCGCGAGUUCUUGCUGCAGUGCCUGCGCAGAGGGCCCCGGCCCCAGAGCAUGAAGGCACUUAGGAUGCUGGUCAAGAGGAUGGGUGUGCACUCAGCCGAGACCAUCAGGGCCAUCCUGGACCAGCUGUGCCAUUCCAACGUCCUUGAGCACCGCUUGGAAGCCACCCAGCUGCUCAAGGCCAUGGGGCUGGAGCAGAUCCAGGCGCAGGGAGUGGAGGGCCUCGUCUUUGACCUGCUCAGGAACAAGAUACACAAUGAACCCUUCCUCGUUAUGAGGCAGGCUGUGGCUGAAACUGUGGAAGAGCUCAAGAUGAAGCCUACGAUGUUGAACUUGGUGGAGGCGCAACUGAUGAGCUCCAACGCCAUUGCCCGCCGGGAGGCAGUCAUCUCUUUGGGCGUCCUAGGGGUCCGCAGCCUGCCGGUGUUCAACUUGCUCCUGGACAUGCUGGGCGAGGAGAACAACCAGUCUGUGAAGAAGAGUCUACAAGAGGCAUUCGUCGUUUUGGCCUCAACUGAUCCCUGGAUCCAAAACAAGGUGAAAAACAAGGUUCUCUGUGUACAAGAGGCACCGAAGGACGACGAGAAGGCGGGGCCCGCGAGGUUCAGGCAAAAACUCGACAGCCCAGAGGAGUUAGACAUCCAAGACUUCCGACUUGUACAGCUGAGACCCUUGCUCAUUGCAAAGGCCAGCGCCGCAGCCGGCCUGCGGGAAAAGCCAAGCGCCCAGGAAGGGUCCACCUGCUACUUCGCCUCUGCCUUCCCUCCCCGCUUCCCUGAGCCACCACAACACAAGCCCCCGGCGCUAGGGCCCUGGACGCCCGCCAUCAGGAAGCAGCUCCAGAUCCUUGCCAAAACCUCCACGUAG